AUGGCGCCUGCUCGAUCCUCAACUGAGGGCAAGAAGGACCGUCUGCGUGUGAUUAUUGCGGGAGGAUCGAUUUCAGGAUUAGUGCUGGCGCACUCUCUUUAUUGCAGCGACAUUGACUACGUGGUUCUAGAGUCUCGCGACGAGAUUGCGCCGCAAGUUGGCGCAUCAAUUGUCGUCCUUCCCAACGGUUCCAGGAUCCUCGACCAGCUGGGCAUCUUUGACGAUGUGUUCGGCAUGGUAGAGCCGCUGGAGAACACCUUGACAUGGACGGGAGGUGACGGGAAGCUGAUUGUGGACAGCAAUUCGCCUCGUCUACUAAAAAACAGAACGGGAUACCCAGUCUCAUUCCUCCAGCGCCGCGAUUUAUUGAAGGUUCUCUACGCCCACACUCCGGACAAGUCAAAGAUUCACACAUCCAAACGAGUAUGCAAGGUCGACCACCAAGAUUCCCGAGUUGUCGUGCACUGCCAGGACGGAUCCAAGUACUUUGGGGAUAUUGUUGUUGGAGCGGAUGGAGUACACAGCACCGUGAGAACUCUGAUGCAGCAGCACAUUGAGUUGUCGAGUCCCGGCGCCACAAAGAAAGACAGCAAUAGUAUCUCUGCGGAGUAUAGUUGCAUUUUCGGGCUUGGUAAUGCUAUUCAAGGAGUACUCCACCCUGGAGACUCACACAGAUCAUACACCAAAGGAUAUUCAACCCUGUCCUUCGUAGGACGAGGUGGAUCUAUGUACUUCUUCUUCUUUUCAAGGCUCGACAGAAGAUAUCACGGGAAGGAUAUACCUAGGUACUCGAAGGCCGAUAUGGACGAGGCUGUAAAGCCCUUCCUUGAUAUCUAUAUGACCGACGCCAUCAAAUUCAGACAGGUGUGGGAGAAGCGCACAUUCGCAAACAUGAGCCCCCUUGAAGAAUCUGAGAACCAACAUUGGAUUUCGGACAGAUUCGUGUGCUUGGGAGAUUCAAUACACAAGAUGACCCCCAACUUGGGAGCUGGCGGUAAUGCAGCUAUCGAGAGUGCCGCAGCACUUGCCAACAGCAUCUCAAAGCUCAAGAGCACAAGCCCAUCGACGGAUGAGGUUCGAACGGUAUUGAAAGAAUUUUACGCGAAGCGCCACGAACGCGCAAACGCCACCAUUAAAUCGGCCAAUGAUUUAACCCGAAUCGAAGCAUUGGCAACACUGACUGAUAAAAUAAUGGCGAUUCAUGCUAUACCUGCUUUGGGCGACUUCUUGGCCGACGUUACCUGCGAUUCGAUGGUUGGAGCAGAGAUGCUGGAUAGCCUACCUCCACCAGCUAGGUCCCUGGAAGCGACAAUGCCCUGGGAUCCUGAGUCUGGCAUUGGAAAGCAUGAAAGCAAAUUGGUCCGAGCGCUCUAUGCUCUUCCCCUUCUGGCCAUCUUAUAUGGUUGUGCGAAUACCAUGGGCCCGGCAUUGGGCCCCGGCCUUCCAUUGCUCGAGAACGCGGCCAGAGCUGGCGAGGUAGCUCUGGGCGACGGAAGAGUGGUGCCUUUGGUCACCCGCUACUUCGGUCACAAGGGUUUUGAUGACUUCAUUGCCAUCUAUGUCGCGGCCUUUACUCCAUCAAUUGGCGGACAGGACCCGGCCAGCCGAAUGCAAAUGAUAUCACUACUGGGAGACUUAAUUCCCAUCCAGGCCAUAUGGAUGAUAGAGGGUGUUAGGCGCGGCAACUUCCUCACAGCAUCCCACCUAUUGCCAACUAUUUUUGGAAUCUUUUUCCAACUCCAAGGUAUUGGUUACAUGGCGCCAAUUUACUUCUUCCUGCACUACGUCCAGUCUCCGAUGGAGAACUACCACGCAUCGGACAACCGACUCACCCAAAUCGGCGCCGUCAAGACCAUCAUCCCCACCAUCCUCCUAUCGUACGUCGCCCCCACCGUCGCCAUGUUCGCAGCCCCAACCCUCGCCACCCGCCAAUGGGUCAACGGCCUGUUCUGGCAGCCAUUCCCCGUUUACGCUGCCAUCCUCCAACGCGUCUUUGGAAUGUUCGUCAAGGACACUACCUACAGAGAUCGCAUCGACAACCCCGAGGCAGAUAUGCCGCACCUCCGCCGGGUUUACCGCUUCGCUGGAGUUGCCGCAGCCUGCGCGUUCUUAUACGUCCGCUUUAAGUCACCCGUGUCGGCGACGGAAGUGUUCCUCGAGGGCAUCAGGAAUCCAGGGGCAGCCGUGCCGCUGUUCCAGAGACUUUCCAAGACUUUCAGGUACGAUCAGAUCUGUGCAUUUGGUGCCGGGGCUGUCUUUACGCUACUGAGCUUCCGUGACCUGAAAAAGGCGAAGAAGGUGGAGGCGGGAUGGGCAAAGAUUAUUGGGACAAUGGCUGGUUUGUCACUUCUCGUUGGCCCAGGAGCUGCGAUGACAGCCAUGUGGGCUUGGCGAGAGGAAGCACUGGCCAAGAAAAAGGUUCCCGUGGUCAAAGAUAAUUAGGGGAAAGCAUGUAUUUUUAGUUAGCUGGCACAGUUUAAACCGUGUGAUUGAGGAAUAUUACUAUUAAGACGAGAG